AGAGGGAGGCAGCGCGACCGAGUGAAGGAGGGUGACCGAAGGCAGUCCGACCAACUAAAAAAAAGAGUACACAUGUUUUGUUUUAAAGAGGGAAAUAACCAUCGAGUCGUUUGACCAGCGUGCUUCCACUCCUGGUGCACUCAGCAUUGCAAGAGCACCAACCAUGGAGCUACCCGCCGCGGGAGAGCACGUCUUCGCGGUGGAGAGCAUCGAGAAGAGACGGAUCAGAAAGGGCCGUUUCGAAUACCUGGUGAAGUGGAGAGGGUGGUCUCCGAAAUAUAACACGUGGGAGCCGGAAGAAAACAUUCUCGACCCACGACUUCUUGUGGCUUUCCAAAACAGGGAGCGACAAGAGCAGUUGACUGGUUAUCGUAAACGAGGACCCAAACCCAAGCACUUGCUGGUACAGCUUCCCUCUUUUGCGAGGAGAUCAAGUGUCCUCUCGGGCCUCCAAGAAACAUCUCUAGAUCUAGAUGACGUGGUGAAGCCCCUGCACAAAGUGGAGCCGGUGCAGCAGCAGCAGUACCAGCUAAACAGCAAGAAGCACCACCCGUACCAGCCCAACAGCAAAGACAGCCAGGCCGCAGCAGCAGAGCAGACGCUCAACGGCAAGAAGAAGUUCUACUACCAGCUCAACAGCAAGAAGCACCACCACUACCAGCCCGACCCCAAAAUGUACGACUCUCAGUACUCCUCCCAGAAAGUGCCCAAAGUGCCUCUGGAGGCGUCGCCUGCACCUGCACCUGCACCCCUGCUGCCCCCUCCUGCUGCUCUCGGCUGGGGGGGCCUCAAACAACACCCCCCGCCGUUGAAGCACAGGUGGCUGCAGCGGAAGCAGGACUCCCAGGACGAUUGCCUGAGCAAAGUGAAGGACAUCACGAUGGAGCUCAAAAAGCUCCCCGCCAUCUUGGACGGCAGCGGGAACAACGGUGAGCCUAAUGAGGUGAAAGUGAACUCGCCUGCCAAGGACCACCAGGGCGGCGGCGAUCAGCAGCCUCGCAAUGGGAUUAGCAGCAAACUAAAGAUUGUCAAGAACAAAAACAAAAACGGACGUAUCGUCAUUGUCAUGAGCAAGUACAUGGAGAACGGCACGCAGGCGGCACGCAUCAAGAAUGGCGGCGAUUCGGGAGACGCUGACAGACUGUCCGGCGGAGACCAUAACAAAGUGGAUAACUUGACAUUGGAUAAGAAAAAGACGGUGCAUAGGCAGGGGCCCACAGCAGAGCAUGCACCUCACAAGAGGAGCAGCAAAGAGAAGGCCCAUGAGCUCCACAAUACAAAGACAAUCAAUGGUCACCACUCACCAAAGGCCUCUCUUACAACAGACAAGUCAGCAGCAGCAACAACAGCAGAAACCAAUGAAUCCCAAAGUGCUCAGGAGCUUGGUGGUGGAGAUCAGCCACUGCAGCUGACCACCACCAAGCCCGCCACGAACCCUUGGCUCCCAAACGGUACGCUGAUGCCAUCUUCCUUGAAUGGCACACACACAGACUCUCGGCACAAGUCCUCCUCAUCGUCGUCCAACAAGCGGCGACAUUCGGAACACGGCGAGGAGCAGGCGGGAGGCAAGCGCUUCCUGGCUGCCAGGAGUAUCAGUGUGCCUGUGGUGCCUCCCUCUCCACUUACCUCUCCAGCUGCGGGCCAUUCUGUGGAUCUAACAGGCCAGCAGCUGUGUCCCACCAACGGGCAGGAGUCGGACUAUAACUUUCUGCACUCAAACCCAGAGGAGCCCAUGGACUUGAGCUGUGUGCGGUCCAGACAGGAGAGGAAUGGAUUAGCUAUGGUCCAAAGCGCCACCACGCCGGAGGUGCCCCAAAGUGCCACGCCGGAGGUAGUACCUGUGGCUGAGCCUGCGGCAGUGUCAACAACAGCAGCCGCAGCAGCAGCAGCAGAAGGAACAGCACCUACGUCAGCACCCUUAGUGCCGGCCGGGGAGGAUACCGCCCAGGCCUUUAAGCCUUUCUUUGGGAACAUAAUCAUCACUGACGUCACAGCCAAUUGUCUCACCGUGACAUUUAAGGAGUAUGUCAUGGUAUGAGACGUGGCUGGAUUUCAGGACUACAUGAAGAAGACUACUGACCGUUUAUUUUGGUUUGUUUGGGGAUUUUUUUGUAAAUGUGUACAAAUGUAUAUUGGGAUUGGAGAGAAAAAAGGAUAUUUUCAGAAGAGUUUGGUUAUAAUGUAAAAAAGAAAAAAAAUCUUGUUUGUCCUCAUAACUUUGUAUACUUAUUCUUUUUUUAUUAUUAUUUCACCUUGCCGGUAAUUACAGUGUGAUUGACCCAGAUGGAUAUUUUCUUACCCAGUCAACUCACUGCAUUGUGUUUAGGCUGUUGGUGCAAUUUUAACAUAAAGCACUUGUGUAAAGUGUUCCGUCACUUGUUAUUUCCUAAUUGUGUUGCGUUUUGAGCUCGCUGUCAUCAGAAGUCAUCAGAAAAGGGGAAAGGAGCCCAUUGCUUUAUCCACUUUCCUGUGUGUGUGUCUGUGUGAUAUCACAGUUGUGUUUGGACACUUACACAUGGGUUUAGCUUGUGGGCACAUGGGUAGGGCCUAUAGCCUGUGAAGAUGCAAAGUAAUGAACGGAGGUGUCAAAACCCCAGCUCAGAAGUUUACAAAACCCUGCCACGGUUUCUUUCCAACACAGGUGACUUGAAUGAGUAACUCGGCUCACCUGUCUCAAGGACUCAUUUCGAUCAUGUUAUUGAGAGCUGGUUGGGUGAAAUCAAAGGAAUUGUUAUUUUCUAAUCUGAGGAUUGACACAUCUGGUAGAGAAACAACACCUGAGAGCUUUUUUUUAUUAUUAUGAUAUCAAACUGAGAUAGAGACCUGGUGGCUACAGAUUCCAUGCACAAGCUCACGUGAAGGACCUUGGUAUCACAAUGCACUUUGCACUGUUCUUCAGAGUUUAAGGAGUGACCAUUUGUCAAGCAGUGAAGAUGAUAAUUUGUUAUGUAAGGGGUUGGCAAAGGUUGACAACCCUGUUUUAGUCUAAAACAUGUAUUUUAGGUUCAGAAAUGCAAAGAACUGUGUUAAACCAGAUAUUAGAUGCUUCCAUUAAACUCUAAAGCUAGAGUAAUGAGAGAUUAUACAACAUUAUUUGUUUGCUGUUUGUUUCUGAAAGGUUCGAAACAAAUCUCUUACAAGAGAUUCUGCUCAUUACUCAUGCCCCUGUUGGAGUUCAUAUUUCUCAAGCUAUAGAUGUGAAUUCUAACCUAGUGAUGGUCCCUUCAUAUUAAUUUAUGCUUUUGUUGUUUAGAAGUCCGUUUUAACUCUAGUCAGUGCCUUAAUUUGACCCUCUAACGUAAACACAAGACGACGUAUAACAUGAAUUGUACAUUCCGUUGCUAAUUGUCUAAGAUCCGUCUUUACAGCGUCUGCAAUGUUUGAGUUUUGUUAAGUACAUUUUCUGCUGUUAAAGCUGAUCAACAUUGAUCAACGUAUUGUCAUGUCGGUGAAGUUAUGUUCCACGGGGUCUCCGCGUGGGGCUUUGAAGACCCGAACAUGCAAUGUCCCGAUUUGUCACUGAUUGCGCUUGAUAUGUAGCCAUACCGUUGACGUUUUCUAACAAUGGCAGUGUCAGCACUUGGUACACAAGAUGAAUUGUGACUGAUUCUGUAGUUUGGACAAAGUCAGUAGUUCUGUUGAACACAAAAAAAGUUGCUUGGAACUCCUGUAAAAACAAACCAACAAACAAACAAAAAAACAAUCGCAAUAAAAAAAUGUUGAAAUACUGCA